AUGUGUGUUUGGAAUGUCACAACUGGACAGUGCAUUGAGAGCGCAAAGCUUCCUUACAGGCACACAGCAAUCUAUUAUUACCAUUGCUCAUUCCGAAUGACAGGUGAAGGCUGGCUUCUUUGUUGUGGAGAAUAUCAAGAUGUUCUUAUCAUUGAUGCUAAGACUUUGAGUGUUCUUCACACUUUAUCAUCAUCUCAGUCUUCUGAUUGGAUAAAUUGUAUGUGUAUUGUACACUCUGCAAGAGUUCAAGAAGACUCAUUGGUUGCAGUGUCUGUAACGGGAGUUCUUAAAGUGUGGGACCUGUCUUCGUCUUUGAAUAGCAUACAGGAGAGACAUACUGUGUGCGAGAAGGAAUCAAAAUCUCUGGAUUGUGUAAAUUGUCAAGCAGUUCGGUUUUGUACUUACACAGAAAGACUCCUCUUGGUUGUGUCCUCCACGUGCUGGCAGGUCUAUGAUUACUGUGACUUCUCCUUGCUUUGUACUGAGUUCUGUAAAAGCGGACAGUGCUUUGCUGGUGGUGAUGUACUAGCAGCUUACAGACUUAUCAUCUGGACAGAAGAUGGCCACAGUUACAUCUACCAGCUGCUAAACAGUGGGCUUUCUAAAAGCAUAUAUCCUGGUGAUGGGAAGGUGCUGAGAGAAACUGUUUAUCCUCACUUACUCUGCUUUACUGGUGUAAAGGAAAAUAAGAGCUUUCCUUUUGUCAUGGGCUUCAUGAAUGAAAGAAAGGAGCCUUUCUAUAAGGUUCUUUUUUCUGGUGAAGCUUCAGGAAGGAUCACUUUGUGGCAUGUUCCUGAUGUCCCUGUGUCAACAUUUGAUGGUUCGCCAAAAGAGAUCCCAAUUACGGCCAUGUGGACUCUUCAGGAUAAUUUUGAUAAACACGAUUCAAUGUCAGAGGGCAUUAUUGAUCAUCUAUGUGCAUCUAAGGAUGGAAUUGAAAGUGCAGUUGUCAGUUCCUCUGUAUACAUACCCAGACUUGAUAAGCUUGUGUGUGGAUGUGAAAACGGGAAAAUUUUUGUUACACUAGGUUUAAAAACUGCAAGAGCAAGACUUCUAGAAAACAUACCUUUGCUGAAAGAUCAUCUACCUUACAAGGUUCUGAAUGGUCAUAGUAGCAGUGUCACUUGUUUGCUUUAUCCACAUGAUAAGUCAGUAAGAUUUGAUCCAAGUUGGCUCUUAUCAGGAGGCCAGGAUUCUGUUGUGAUCUGCUGGGAUAUAUUUACUGGAGGCAUCUUACACCAAUUUAGUCUGCAGUCGGGUCCAGUGACAGAGCUCUUGCGAUCUCCAGAAAACUACAGAUUAAAAGACCACAGCAUGGUGUACUGUGUGUGCAGUGAUCACUCAGUAGCAAUUCUACACCUUCAGAAGAGAGUAUGUGUCUUACAUGCCAGAAAGCAUCUGUUUCCUGUGAAGAAGAUAAAAUUUGACCCUGUUGAAAAUCUGUUAAUUGUUGGAUGUGAAGAUGAUUCAGUUUAUAUUUGGGAAAUUGAAACAGGCACUCUGGAACGACAUGAAACAGGUGAAACAGCAAAAGCAAUUCUUACUGCCAUUGAAGAUUCAGAAUACGUAGUGGCAGAUGCUCCACUUCCUCUAUCUCAAGACUCAAAAAGAAAUAAAAAUGCUGGAUACAAACACUCUAGCUCUUACAAGCAUGGCAUGGUUUCUCACAGUCUUACUCAUACAGAAAAAUCUUCAGAUAAG